AUGAAAAGUAGGUUGAGUUUGAUCGUCCGGGUGAACGUAGUCCUGAAUAGGACUGUUGUUGUUGACAGUGAAAGACGUUUCGACAACCUGUGCGGUAGUCAUCUUCAGAGCCAAACUGAGUUGUAUCACGUCAGUUGAUGGUGUUAUACUCUGGUUAUUGAUCUAAUUGGAAAAUUACGUUGUAUUGGUCGUCUGUCAGUUAAGCCGUGAUGUUAUUGGCUAUGAAGACUCGCAAUCAGUAUUUGGUGCGUUUCGAUCCGUCUGUCUAUUGUCACAGUUAAACAGUCUUCUAUUGUUAGUCAAAUUGUCAGUUCUCCAGUCGUUCUCUCGUAGAUAGUUUUGCUUGAUCUCGUCAACAAGUCGUUUGUACGGCGCUGGUAACUGUUGAUUACGAUUCAGUGACGUUUGUUCUAAGUUACGAAACCAGCUUUCUAAAGUAAGACGUUGAUAGUAGUCUGUAGAAUACGUUAAACGUGUCGCAGAGUCCCAGUCAAUUUGAUAUUUCGUCUGUAAAUGGUGCUCAGCAAUGUGAUUGUUGACGUCACCAUUCCUCGUCGCUCGUUUCUGUUCGGUCAGUCGCGUGCUAAGGUUUCUGCCGGUUUCACCAAUGUAAGAAGCUUGGCAGUCGCAGCAUUUGAUCUUGUAUACUGCUCCCCGUCUGUCCUCCGGUUUGUCUUUGUCCUUGACAUUAGUAAGCAGUCGUCGUAAAGUGGUUAUCGGUUUGUGUACAACAAGUAUAUUGUAAGGUUGUAAUAUACGAGCCAUAGUUUCAGAGGUGCCUCUGAUGUACGGUAUAGUCGCUGUCGUAACAGGGCCAGAGUUGACGUUGGUCUGAGUGUUGGAAUCGGUGUUACUGUGAGUGUUCCGUCUAGCAAAGUCCGUGUUGUAAUUGUUCUUAAUAAAAACGUUGUUAAGAUAAUCAGUCUCGUCUUGUAGGCUGUCAGGUGAGUCGCAAACUAGUUGCGCUUGUCUCGUCAAAGUCCGGAUAGUAGUAGCCUUGUGAGAGGUCGGGUUGCACGAAGACUGGUCUAGUAGACGGUCGGUAUGUGUCGGUUUUCUGUAAAUAGUGGUUUGUAGUUUGUUGUUGUCGCGAGUGACCAAGCAGUCUAGAAAAGGUAUCUUACUAUUUUCUUCGAUCUCCUUGGUGAACUGUAUGUAUGCGUUCUGUCUGUUAAGGUGUUCGUGAAAAUCGUCGAUUCCGUCUUUGUGUACGGCGGUGAAUGUGUCGUCAACGUAACGUAACUAAAGAGGUGUAGUUCGCGCGUGGGUAGCUAGGGCUUGUUCCUCGAUCUUUUGAAUCACAAUUUCUGCUACAACAACAGAAACUGGAGAGCCCAUAGCUAUACCGUGUAACUGUUUGUAGUGUUUACCGUUGUACUGAAAGAACGUCGAAGUCAAACAGAGGUUGAGUAGGUCCAUAAUGUCGUCUGUAGGUUACUGAUUACGAGUCUUCAUAGCCAAUAACAUCACGGCUUAACUGACAGACGACCAAUGACAUCGCGACGUAAUUGACCAAUUAGAUCAAUAACCAGAGUAUAACACCAUCAACUGACGUGAUAAAACUCACUUUGACUCUGAAGAUGACUACAGCACAGGUUGUCGAAACGUCACUCACUGUCAACAACAACAGUCCUAUUCAGGACUACGUUCACAGGGACGAUCAAACUCAACCUACCUGGGUUCAAACCUUUCACAGUUACUGAAUAUGGAUAAAAUUAGUUUUAAGUUUGGUACACUAUAAAAAGGAUACAACUAUAGGUUACGUCACGAAUCUGUCCGCUAAAUUUAUUAGCGCAUACAAACUUCCCAGAUGCUGGGACUUCCAUAUCAAAGAGAAGCGUAUGCUCGUCGGAAAAUUUGAAUUCAACCCCUAAAAGACACCAAUCUGGGAUGGGCUUAGGCUUUAUUUUACCCCUAAAGAUCAACCAUACUCCAACUCAUUAUGACGCCGUUGGUUUCCUUUUUAUAUGGAUAUGCUAACUGAGAACUUCAACGCCCUAAGCGAAAUGACGAGCUUGCUCGUCACUUUCAUAUGGAAGCACACGCCCUCACCCCCAAUACCACCCAUAUCCCCACCCCACUUGCGUUUGGAUAGAUAAAUCGACUAUGAUCACAGGUCGCCCAGGCGAAAUAUGAGACUGUAUGGCGAAAUUAAAGAUCAAUGUCAGUAUUUAAUUUACUGUCAGGUCAAAUGAUGUUAUACCGCUGAAAUCGCGCUGAAACUUCGUAGAAAGACAAUUACACCAAGUAACAAUAUUUACACUUUACUGAUAACUUAUUUUUGGAUGUUAGUUUUAUUCAGUCCCAUGCAAACUCUCAUUUUACGCUUGGCAACCUGUGCUUUAAUUACAUAUUAUGACCUCUGUUAUUAGCCAAUUUUCUGGUAAUCUAUUGUUGUACGCCGCUACCACGCGAGACCGAUGAUUUAUAUGUUUACACUGUGUUAAAAAACGUUUCCUCUGGGAAUUGCUUAGGGUUUGUGGACGAACGUCGUAGCCACAUACAGUACACAUGGGAUUAGUUUCUACAGGAGCCGUUUUCCUGUACUUAAAAAACAUUACAAAUACAUAAAAGCAGAGUUUAGUUUAGACAGUACAUACUUAGUAAAGGACUAAAAUGGUGAUACUUUUAAAAGUACAGUACUAUACCAUGCAAGAUGUAAUGUAAUAUAUACAUCUUUUCUUACCUUUACUUAUUUUUAAACAUUUAUCAUGUCAAGUAGUCUCAAAAUUGUGUCAAUUACUUCGAUAAAGCUAGGUGGAAAAAAUGUUUUUAUAUCUACUGUUUUGGUUUUACGUCAGGCCUCGAAAUUGCUGCACAUGCUUUGCGCUUUGCUUUUUUCAUUAAAAUGAAUGAAUAAAAAAAGUUCUUGAAAAUCAGAGGACAUUAAUACACCCCCUGUGAAAUAUGCCGACUAAACUCUUCAGACAAAGGCUGAGCCAAUAAAUUCUUAUUUUUAUUUAGUGUUAACCCAAGGAAGACUGGCUACGUUUUCCAUACAACUCAGUUCCCGGGGUAUUAGAGGGGGAAGAGGGGCGAACGAAUUUGCUUGUAUGCGGUCGUCAUCUUUGAUGUUAUCACUGAGGCUCUAAAGCUUCCCACGAAAUUGAUAACAUUGCUCUUUCAUGCUGUUUAGUCUGGUUUAGUUUGAAUGCCUUAUAAAUUCAGAUACCCGAUAUGGUGUCGUAAAGAUGUAAUCGCAUCCUUUCCAUGACGCCCUGCGCUCUUUGUCUACCGCGCGUAGAGUCACCUGGGGACGUGGUGCGAAGGUAUGUACUACGAUAAAAGACCUUCUUCGCCAAAGCUGGUCAUUUAAGCAAGGAUCGCCUUCAGCCAACUAGAUCGUUCGCAGUUUUAACUACCGAGAUCUCACUGGUAACUAACUAGUAAUAGUUGACACUACAGCUGCCCCCGCUCUGUAUAUUGUUGGUCAAUAGUAUUCUUGCUCGUUGUGUAGCUCCAUGCACAGUUUCGGUUCGAUUUACACAGCUUUGAUCAAAACAUUCUCAGUUUCGAGAAUAGUUUAUUCUAAACCAUAAGAAAAGAUUUAAUUAGAAGUUUAAUUUUUCGCUAUUUCUUUUUCACUUUUUACAUUUAGUUCAUUUUAUUUGCCGGAAAGUAAGCCUUAGAAAUUAAAAGGACGUUAGAUCAAUUCACGCCCGCGCAUUCUAGUCUUAUUUUAAACUUUAUAGCGGAAGGACAUCUGUGAACAGGGAAUAAGUCAGCACAGAAUCUGAUGGUCGGCGAAUUUCUGUAAUCGUCCAUCGUUCUGCUAGUGAUAAGCUAGCCGUUGAAUCAUUCACUCGUCUUGCUUGUUUGGGGCCGUGUCUUAUUCCCGUCAAAGAAAGAGAGAGAGUGUCUGGCAAGGUUUCCAAUCAAAGAUUUGUGAACUCGUGUCUGGCAAACUCACUUAGUGUAAAAAUAUACACUGUUAUACGCACCUUAUAACUUCAUCUGCGCUUAACGAGUGUCUUUUGGUCCAUAACUUUCAUAAGAACUGCUCCACAGAAUGUCACUGAUAAUACGUAACGCAAAAGAGUAUCGAAGUAUGACUGCACAAUUAAUGUCACAAAAUCUACUCAUUGUAAACGGUCCCUGCGGGAUUUUUUGUGUUUUACGUCAUCCUAACCAUUUCGUACUUGCGGGCGCAAACAAUAGAAACGUCAUCAUUACCUAUCGAUUCCUCGCAGCACCUGUUCAAGCAAAUCGAGUUUUUUUCUAAAUUGACUGUAUGACUGUAUAUUUCAACUGUAAGUACUUUCCUCUUUCAUGACCAUCUUUCACCUUUCACCUUUCAACUGUAAGCAUAACUUUCAACUUUCAACUGUAAGUACUUUCCCGUGCCUCCUCGGGAUUUCGUCUUCUGGGCGAAAUACCUGCGGGGGCAAUUACAGCCAGACCGAACUCCAACCAUCAAACAAUUCCAGUUUCCAUGCACUGAACACUGGGGUGUACUGUUCAGGGUUGCAGAAAUGCUCUGCGGCCAAAGGUCACCAGAAUCUAAUAGCAUGAUACAGAAUGUAUCACUAAACCGACAAAACUAAAUUCUCUGCGUUUUCCUGGUCGUAACAACAUUAACAAAGACAGGGUUCCACUGUACCAUGUUUCUAUUUGUUUACGUACUACGCAAGAUAAAAGUUCAGCUUUAUUUUUCAGUUUCCUCCAAUAGUCACCAGCUUUCAGUCUAAGGCUUCAUGAAAGACUUUGUUUUUAAAAGACGCAAGAUAAAAUACCGUAUUUCCUGGCGAGUAAUACCCGUCCCUCGAUUAAUUGCCUCCCUCGAAUAAUCCCCCCCCCCCCCUUGGACGGAAAUAUUUAAAACAAUCGUCUUCCCUCCGUUCCUCUCACUUUAUUAGGGACCGAUCGUUUAUUACGUCCCGGGGGGGGGAGGGGGCUGUUGGGUUUUCAGAAAAGUGUGGUGUAUGAAAACUGUACCCCCCUAAAAUAAUUUCAUAUGAAAAUUGUACCCCCCUUGGCGACAAGAAUUUUUAAAAUGCACCCCCACCUUUCCUACACCAAGGGUGCUUACCAUUUGACAGAAAAUUUCGAAAAUUCCGGAUGGAAGGUAAAUGGUAAGGUCACUUUUCGGAAAUUCCAACCGAAAAUUGAGGAGUACGUUUUGAGGUAGUCCGUUCAUUCCGAUUCGUACAAACCAAACGGGAUGUUGCUUACCAUUAACCAAUUUCUCGGUUCCUUCUCGGUUCCAGACUCACCCUACACAAAUUCGCCCUUUUUUUGGAUUCAAACCGUAGUGGAUGUAGCAAUUCUGCGGUAAACUGGUAUAUCGCUUACCAUUAUGCUUUCGACUCCCCGGACGGAUUUUUCUGUCAAAUGGUAAGCACCCCAAGUUUUAAGAUGACUCGAUUUUCUCUCCUUCUUUGGACAUUGACUUCAUAUUAAAGCUAGAUGGGGUUCUGGUAGUCUGGUUAGGUAAAAAUAGUUGAUAGGGUCCUGGGACAAGCUUGCUUACAUAGCAUUCAAAAUGGCGGCUACCAAAUCAAGUAAAGAUGCACGUCAGGUGGGGCUCAGCUGGCAUGAGAAACGGUGUGAAGUCCGAGAAAAGUCAACGAAGGGAAAGUAUUUUAGAUCUUCACUCCAGUGUCUUGAUAAUAAUGAAAUUUUGUUAUUGCUGGAGUCUAUUCUGCAGAGGUCAAAGCAAGGGACGCAGAGGAAUUGUACAGUUCGAGGUCGGAGAGCAGUGCAAGAACAUCUGAUGCAUGGAUAUGGAUAGUUACAUUUGGAAGAAGCCUACAAUCUUUAUUCUAUAGCCUUCAGGGAUAAAUUGCUUAAUCCUCAUCACGGUUUGCCUGUCUACAAAGAAUCGUCAGCGCGCCUUUUUGGUUUAGUAAUUCAAUUAUGAUAUGUUUUAACAACUACAACCACAGGGUCCAGAGGAGUUUCGUGUGAAUAAAUGAAUUACUUACCUUGAAAAAUGUCUAUAACUGUCGCUUAGCACGAUUAAUUAGCCCAAUGGGAUCUUUAUAAAUCUACUGUAAACGAUUUCUUCGCUUCUUAUCUGACCCAGAUCGACUUUUGAAAAUCAAUAACCGCAAGCCAUAUCCUCGCUGGCGCACGGCACGUCGCCCGAAGGGUGACCGGAGGGCUACCGAGACACGAAGUGCCGAGUAAAAGAAAGGACAAGGGAGGAAACUUGUACCACGUGACUUCGUUCUCCGUGAACCGCAGCACUCGGUGACGGAAGUCGGAAUGAGACCGGAAACGCAAAAGCAACAGACCGCUGCUAAUUCGAGAAUCAAAACAUCAGCUGCGGAGAGAGUUUUAAAGAUCUCAGAGAUCUAUGCGAAAACAACAGAGUUUUAAUUGAAGUGAAGAUCUUUUAAGACUGGACAUUUGUUGUACGUUUCAACAGUCUUCGAUGUCUUAAGCAGGUUUUGCUUGUGCGAAGGCUUCCCAGUAGUCGCAAAACGCACAGCCAAAGACGCAAGAGGUAAUAUAGUUGGACCACCGAAGAAUGACACAGUCGUGAUGAUAUUACAGUUGCCUUGUACGCCCGCUCUACUCAGUGUCACUUUUUAUUGCAAGAGUACACACGACCCAUAAAUCACUAUCCGUAAUAAUUUAACAUUCUCCAAACAAAACUAACAAGCUGGACCCAGCGCGAUACAGCAUUGAAGAAAAACGUUACAUUCAUGGACUAAAGAAAAUCGCUUAGUUAUUCAGAUCCAGAAGGCACUUUGGAGAAAACUGGAACCCUUGUUCAGCCGUAAUAAAAAGCUUUACGCUUCAAAAGAGGUCAAAGAAAAUGCGCUUGCAUCAGAGGGUAAAUCCUGCCGACCAGAAACAAUAACCACAGUAAAUCGAUAUGUGUCAUGACCUCUCAGUGUGAAACAUGCGGCUAAAAUCCCCGCUAAAAUCACAUUUGCUGUAGAACCUUCCAGAGCAUAAUCUACCCAGCAGAGGAAAAAACUUUAUUGGAACGAGCAGCAUUUUGGCAUGAGGCAAAAGUCGUGUAGGCUUCCCUUUUAUUGCUUCGAUCUUGAACACAUUUACUUUACUACGUCAUUUCUGUCACCAUCUGUCGCGGUGCACACCGAACGAAAGCGCUCUCUAGAAGCCGUAAAUUUCGGUCGCCGAAAAUGAAUUUGAACGCUAUCUUAUGCCGUUUUCCUACAGUAUUUGGCAAAUACAUAAGAAUUCUAGAUCAGGUGAGUAAAAUCAGGUGAUUUCAUUCAAUUCCAUUUGGGUUUCAGGGAUUCGAAAAUCGGCCCCUAAAACCGUAACGCGAUCAAAAUAACCCAUUUUUUCAGAGGUUUUCGACGGGUUUUGAUGUUCUAACGACAAACACAUCUCCUCUGGACCCUGUGCUACAACAUAUAAUGUCAAUCCUGUGUCUUAAAAUUUCGACCCCCCUCACACUUUGUACAUUUUCAAAACUGACCCCCCAAAAUUAACCCUUUUCAAAAAUUGUACCCCCCACCAACCCCCCCCCGGGACGUAAUAAACGAUCGGUCCCUUAUCUUCCUUUUUAUCCCCUCCCUGUCAAGUGUAAGUGCAAUGUGAUCCAGCAAGAUUCAAGCUAUGAAAAUUAAUCAAGGAACUAAAUGUGGAACCGAGGUAAAUAUCCACUACUAGCCACCGACACUGGGGUGAAUAAUCGUUUUGUACUAAAACAGUGAGAUAAUUGAGCACAAAACACAGGAAAAAAUAACGGAUUCCCAUCUUUGGAUAUUUUAGGGUAUUUAAAGAAAGCGAGAAACGCUGUGGCUAUAUGGCCGGUAACCGGUCAAGGUUUUCAAAACACUAAAUGGCCGGCAGUCUGUUAUUCUCGUAAAUUUCACAAAAUCGAAAGAUUCCAGCUAAACUAAACUAUCAUAUGUCGAUUAAGAAACGUCAAGCGAUCCUGAAAUGCUUUACAGAUCUCAAGUCUAGUGUUUGGUUUGCGCUGGGCUCAGAGGAGGAAAUCAUGUUUUGUGACGCUUAGAAAUUUUUUCAGCUCGACUGCCGGUGAAGGUUUUCAAAACACUAAAUGGCCGGCAGUCCGUUAUUCUCAGUAAAUUUCACAAAAUCGACAGAUUCCAGCUAAUCUAAACUAUAACAUGUCGUGAUCCUGAUCAAACCAGCCGGUUUUGUGGGAUUUCUAUACCAUAUUUUUGUUGGUCGCGAGUCUUUGCAUGUUCGUGUGUCACAAAACAUGAUUUCCUCCUCUGAGCCCAGCGCAAACCAAACUCUAGACUUGAGAUCUGUAAAGCAUUUCAGGAUUGCUUGACGUUUCUUAAUCGACAUAUGAUACUUUAGAUUAGCUGAAAUCUUUCGAUUUUGUGAAAUUUUCUGAGAAUAACAGAUUGCCGGCCAUUUAGUGUUUUGAAAACCUUGACCGGUUACCGGCCAUAUAGCCACAGCUAAAUCGACAUAUGAUAGUUUACAUUAGCUGGAAUCUUUCGAUUUUGUGAAAUUUACUGAGAAUAUAGACCUGCCGGCCAUUUAGUAUUUUGAAAACCUUGACCGGUUACCGGCCAUAUAGCCACAGCGUUUAAAGAAUACCCAUAAAAAUCCCAAAUUUGGCAAAGUGAAACAAGUCCCAACCAGGGAAUUCCCAACCAAGUUGCCUGAUUGGGACUUGUCUCACUCUUCCAAAUUUGGGAUUUUUGUGGGUAUUCCUUAAAUAUCCUAAAAUAUCCAAAAAUGGGAAUCCGUUAUUUUUUCCUGUGAAAAUGAUGAUUUUUAACUCAUGACUGUCGCCAACGAUUACAAUUUUGGCGCGCGAUGACCGAACAGCCGCGGUCGUCGCUUUUUCUUGGAGGCGUUCGUUUAGCUCUUGCGGGGAAGUUUCUUCAAAAGGAGUUGUGAAUUCGUUUUGUAUUUAAAAUCAUUCUGUAAAAAAGACUAUUAAAUUUAGUUUUAAGCUUAUUUAUGAACAAGUCAACUAAAUAAAGUAACGCAAGACUUAAGCUUAAUUUGCAUUUGUAAACAAAAAACUUUUUCACUGGUUUUAUCGAUAAAUUCAAGUCAAAAAUACAAAGCUUUACCUGUUGGUAAAACUUCCAAACCAAACUUCGUUACCUUCUUCAUGUAUUUCGGAAAUAGCUCGCUUGAUUAGUUGUGAAAUUUCUUAGUUUGUUACGGCAAACCGGGAAGGCAUUUUGCUCGCAACUUACGCGGGUUUGGCGUCGCUCGGUCGGAGGAACUGGAGAUGAAUCAGUGAAUAGUGCAGGAUAUCUGCAGGAUAUUCACUGAUUGAGUAGCCAAUCAGAGCGCGCGAAAAACACUAUCCACUGUUUUGGUAUAGACUAAAUUCAAUUAAACACAUUAGCGUGGAGUUACUUAGUAAUUUGUCGAAAGAUUUGCGUUUUAAGGACAGUUAACACUAAUGGCAGAACUUAAAAACCUAUUGUAAUAUUGUUCGGGCGAGGCUGUCAUUAAGGUCGAAAUUCCUAAUUUCAAACAAAAAUAUCCUUAGAUUAGUGUAUUUCUGUUUUUUUUUUUGGCUGAAAAUAGCCACAAAAGAUGGGUCACGUUCAGCCGAAAAAGAAUAAACAAGCCCGUCAACUUUUCGAGUACAAUAAAUUGUCAAAUCCAGUGAUACACAAGAUCUGGUCACUUGGCGCCGAAAGCUAUAUUGUGGGCUAAUUUCACAAACUCCUUCUUUCUCUCGGCGAUCAGACUAUCUGGAAGUAUAUGACUUUGCAUAAUUGCGUAAAGUAAGUGAAAGAGGAAGGAAAAGAGAAAAAAAGGUGCAAUAGCGAUACUAGCCAGCGUCUGAUUUGAAUAAAAUUCUCACGUGAAAAACAAAGUUCAGAAGCAUUGUAUUUCUAUAACUACGGUUAGUACUGCGAGGAAGAUUUUUGGCAACGAUAUCAGAUCAGGUGAAAAACUUAAAAGGAAAAUGUAUUUUUGACGCGUGUCACCCAUUUAACUGUAUCGGAAGUCUUUAACUUCAAGUUAAUAUUCUUUUUACAAGCUUUUAGAAGCUAAUUUUUAAAGCCAGAGAUAAUGAGCUUAGUCAGUGGUGCAUGGAGCCAAUUUGGCUUAACGAAUAAUUAGACAACAAGUCACCGAAAUCUUACACCAGUAACAACCCUUUUGACUUAAACUCAACAUAACAACGAUUCCAGUGUUUUAAUACCUUCAAUAAAAAUAUAUAGAAAAAGAGAAAGAACACAAAUGCAUUUCCUUAAAAAUUUCUAACGAACCGUUCAUUUCAAACGCCCGAGGGGAGGGAGGGGCACGUGAAAAUUGUGUCGGCCUGGAUCGUAACGUUUACGAUUCCUUGGGAUUUACAUGGGGCAUCAGAGCAUAGUUACGUCUCCCCACCAAUUUGCACAAACUGGUUGUUUUUUUCAUCUUGUUCUGUCUGAAUAUGCCAAACAAUCCCAAAAUUUACUUUUUUUUUAUGAUUUUCUUCUCUACAACCUGCAACCUUCAAUAGUGACGUAAACUAGACAAAGAUAACAAGGAAGUCAACAAAAUAUAACCCAACCCAGAGUUCUAUCUUUUCUUUCUCGCGGCAUGAGAGAGAACCCUGCAAUUGAGAGCUUGAAUCUAGCCCAGGAAACUUUGCAAACGAUAUUACAGUCUAACCUCUCCUUACGGACACCUCUAUAAUACGGAAACCCCUCUAUUACGGACAGUUUGUUUGAUCCCAGAAAUGCCAAAAAUCAUACAUUCCCUACGUUUAUAUUAUGGACACCUCUGUAAAGUGGACAAUUGGUUCUGUCCCUUUGAUGUCCGUAUUAAAGAGGUUUGACUGGUAAUUUAGAUCUCACACCUCUCCUCAGUCUCUCCACAUGCGCAGACUUUGUUCAGCUCUGUCGCCUAGGAAAUUUGCAACUACAAAACAAAGAAAUAAGAAUGACAAAAGAAUAACUUCAUAGGUUCUUGCACCAAUUAUUAAAAAGGAAAACUCACAAUCUUGGCUUUAAUGAUACCGAGGUAAAAUUUACUGAAAAUAAAGCCUGAGGGAAAGUAAUAAUAUUCAAUGAGUAAGCGUUUUAAAAGGGCUUCUAUUUUUGCUGCAACGGGGUGAUUACAAAAAGACAAUAUGAGAAUUGCCACUGAAGCCUGACCACUAAUGUCUGAAACGGAUGCUUCCGUAGUCAUGUUUGAGCUUGUUUUAAAAAUUAAACAUCUACAGUCACUCUGUAUCAGGCAACAGAUUUCUAACAGUUGUUGGCCGUUUAUGAACCAUACUUGGAGUAAAAAUCAGGAACAGCAUGCAACUGACCCAAACACGGAACGAAAAAACAACUCAAGGAAAUAGGUUGGGUUGAAGUAUUCCCAAGGGUGGAGGAGUUUACCCAAGUAUUGGUAGAGGGGUCAGUAACGCUAACCUAGUGCUUAGAGGUAGGACAAUAACCUGUGGGUAAGAAACCAUUUCAAGACAAAGGGCAAAAUACAAGAUCUGCUAUCUCUUUACAAAAAACUAGAACAAUUGUUUAGGACAAGCUGCCUGCCAAUGCGUGCCCUGUUGUGGGACGUUCCUGGAUACGGAUAAGGAAGUAUCUCCAUCUGGGUAACUAUUUUCAUACUUUUCCGGAUGACAUGACGGUCACGCAAUUUGACAGUUUUAAUAAUUACAAGGGACCUGAAUCUCGAAUUAGGCCCGAAUACUUUUCUGGCCAGACCGCAAAUGUUAAAAUAGAAACCUGUUGAAUAGUAGCACAAUACAUAUCGGUCAAUUUUCCUUUGUUAUAACUGAUAGUUUUAUUGCAUCAUUUUCAAGAUUAUUGAAACUUUGAUCUUGAAUGCAAACACGGCAAUAAAACAGCUUUUCGGGCCCGAAAAGUUACUGGAACUUCGAGAAACAGGGCCCAGGAUGGAAAAAUGUCUGCGCUGCUGAUGCGGCGGGAUUAAGGGGCUGUGUCACGGCAGUCCAGUUCAUUUUGUUUAAUUUUGCCAAUUACUCGCCCUCAAUAACUAUGGAACUUAAAGUAAGCAAAGAAAUUACAUGUAAAUGACAAAAUUAAAGGUCCGAGACAAACAAAUAUGUCUCCUUAGCAUUAUUUUUGAAGUUGAGUCGCGAGUAGCAGGGAUCAACUUUGAAAAACUGUUAGGCUGAAAAGUUUUCAAUAACCCUAAUUUCAAUCCGUUUCAAUCUUCGUCAGUUUUGCCCAUCCGUGGCAUCUGUUGUAUCUGUUGUGUUAUUUUAACCUUCCUUUAAUGUUUCAAGGGGUUAUUUUAACGUUUCUCUUAAUUUAACGGGCAUUUUGUAAUUACCUAAUUUGGCUGAAUUUCGUGCACAGCUGCUUUAAGGAACAUGACCUUUCUGGUCCUCUCCGUUUGAUUCGAGUUUUGAUAUGAGAGAGUAAUCAAAGGCUCCUAGGAGCGAGCUCAUAGAUGAAUUGAAUUAGUGUAGAAAAGACAGUUCAAUAGUCAAAGAAAAACAUAUCAAUCUUUUUGGACGCUUCAUUGUGCAGGGACUUGCCAAAUUACAGCGUGACUUGAAGUAUUCGAUAGCAUGUGCACAUAAAUAUUCUAGAGCCUUGUUAUCAGCGCAGCAUUUCUACUUAUAACGCAAAGAUCACUUUAAGCAAGUAUCAACGCUUGCUAGUUGUAAAAUAAUGAGAUAUGUACAGGAUCGAUCUUGUUAACAAAAAAUUGCGAGCACAUUUUUUUGAUGUGACUGUCAAACACUUUCCGAACGAUAGUGCACUUUCUUGUAAAAUAGCUAAAUUUUACAUAAGCCCGAGUUUUAUUUAAACCGUGGUUUUAAACAAUUGUUUUAAUGGACCUCGAAGAUUUCCUAUAAGUGCGAUGCUUUUAAAUCAAUGUUUCCAUGUGGUCUUCACAAAGACCACGUAACGGUUUGUUUUUGUAGUACGAGCUAUUAAUUACAGAAUACAGGCGUUUAUGGUUAAAUUAAACUGCUUUAGAACGCGUUUUUGCUAAACACUAGCUAAACAUUGUUUUAAUCAAACGGACUAAGCUCGAAGCUGUACGUGCUCUGACCUAGCUAGCUAAGUAAUUUAAACGCAGUCGAAGUGUGCGAUUGCUUUUCUCUCCCUGAAUAUUCUAGAAACUUGUUUAUACCAGCGCAGCAUUUUCUGUACAAAUUACGUUAAUAGCACUGAUAAAAGGAAUCAUCGACAAACAAAAGCCUGCUGGGCAAAGAUCACCUAAGAAUUCAAGCAAAAUAGCGUAACGCUUGUUGGUUCUAAAACCUGUGCUUUCACACAACACAACAUUAAUGCUUUCCCUGUUUGCAUACGAAGACAAAUCGUCGAAUGGAUUCUUCCAAUUAAUUGAAUAAACCACAAUAGAUACUCCUCAAUGUCGCUUUAACAAUUCGAGGACCGUUUUUUUCAGUUUGCUGCUAUAAAGGCUCUUUGGCUUAUUCGCUUUUCGGUGAACGAAAUCCCAUCGCGAUCGUCAGGCUGCGAUAGCUCUUUCACACUCCUGUCAAUCGCUUAUAUCGGGAACAAAUGUGCACAAUUCGUCCAAAUGUACAACAAUGAUCCACGCUCAAUUAUUUCAAUGUCCUUUUAACAAUUCCAAGUCCAUUUCUUGCAGAUGAUAUUAUCAGUGUUCUUUAGAAUAUCUCCAUUAUACAAACCCCAUCUCUAUGAUGUGUCGGGAAAAAAUGUACGCUUUACCAGUACCCUCUAGAAUUCGCCAGAACAUAUGCGUAAAAGGCACUUGGAACAAAAGAAUUACUAAGUAAGGGAGGUGAGUAAAGUGUUUAAUCUAGCUUUAAUGAGAAUCGAGUGAGUGAGUGAGUUAGUGAGUGAUCGAGUACCGUUCGAGUGCCUCCAAAAGCCCAUGGCAUGAAUACGUCAUCCAUGAGCUAAAAAGGUCGAUAUAAACGAAACUCCUUUUUAGGAACCUUAAACCGCCUGACUCUUAAUCUAAAAAAUAAAUGUUCUGCUUCUUUUGUGCAUCAAAGAGUAGCGUUACGAAGGAUACUUUCGAAAUAACUACAUGUAUAUUCUUCGUUCCGUGAUUUGAUAAACUUAAGAAUUUGCAGUUAUGUUACUCAAAAUACACAGAGAUACAAUACUCUGCCACUCCGCAUAUAACGAAGUGAAAUGUCACUUUAAUGCCAAAUAAUCAGUAUACUUCCUCUAUAAUGAAAAGCAUAUUUAAAAUCCAACUAGUGGUCUAUUAUCAAUGCUGCGUCCUGAUUGGUUGAGCCUACUACUAGGUUAUAUGUUAUAGCCCAUUAGUAGCGAAAACGCUCGCUUUUUGGCGGCAAAAGAGUUUAGCUUUAACUAGCUAAAUUUGUUUUAUUCUCGAUAUUUUUGACCAACUAGUUGGAUUUUACUAAAACAAUUAUUUCUGUCGCCCUCAUGGCCUCUGAGUCAAUAGCACAUUCGGCCUUCGGCCUCAUGGGCUAUUGACUCAUCUCAGAGACCAUUCGGGCUCAAGCAAUAAUUGUUAAAUAAUGAGCGCAGUUUGUUUAUGUAAAAUAUACAUAUAUUCCGUGUAGAAAAUCGUCUAUAGAAUGUCUCGCGCAUCGCUCAGAUACUGUUCAGUAUGUUUUGUCCCUGGAGUUUUGUCUCGCUUGCACGGCUUUCGAAGUUCCCUGGUGGGUGAAUCUAUGUUAUCUCAUAACUCUGGCCUGCAGAAGAAAGAGGCCAAUGGAGGUAGUUUGUUUACAACUGAGAGAAAUGAAUUAAUUCUGAACUUGUUUCAGCCAAACCGACAUUCCCGCGGUGAAACACGUGUAAAGCAAAGUUGCUGACAGUAUUUUCUCCUUCGUGUUAAAAGCUAUCCGUGAACGCUGAGACGGAUGAAACUGAUGAAAAUUAACUCUGCACAUUAAAAUAAGUCAUGACGGAAUUUAUUGCUCCACGUGACCAAUGGUCCAGAGAAAUCAUAGAUAAGAGAGCGAGGGAAGUGCAAACUUCAGUUGGUCGAGAACACGCAGCAGAGGCUUGAGACGAACUUUGGGGAUUUCCUGAGAGAGGAAAACUACUUCACUAGGACAGAAAGAAAACGAAAUUUUUCUGCAAGUAGCCAUCAUGUUUAACGUAAGUAAUCCCUGUUUCUUGCGACAGUUUGGAUUUCCUUAAAGAGAUUUCAUGAUCACUAUUCUUUUCAUACGAGGCUUCAAAAGGGAUGAAUGCGACCUACUCUAGACUAGGAAUAUGUUUUAAUCCUAGCGGAGGAAAACAUUUGGUUUCAAAUGCGUACUUGUAUCAAACAGUAGGCCGGAUAUGUCGAAAGUUCCUUUUCUACAAAGAUAAGUAUCUUCCACCUGAGGGACAUCGCGAUUGAAAAAGAAGUCAUUUAGUCCCUAGUACUGGACCAUUUGCAAAACAAAGUUCAAAAGCCAGGUCGUUUAUUUCAGCAAAACACACCAUACAUAGUCCUUUAAGUUCAACGAUGAUCUAUAGGUGUAUUUUUUUCUUUACAUUUUCAUUUUAUAGAAAACACUUGUAUUUGUGACCCGAGGUUCUUGCCUUCUGCUAUUUCUACUUGUAUUAACAAGCUCCACUUCUGGAAAUCCCUUAUCCAAGAGUGAAGAGGUGGUGCCUAAAAAGGUAAGCUGUUUAUUAUCUUAUCGAAAUUCCAUCCCCCUCCCCACCCAUCAACCUUUGUAUUUGGCUUACGCCUCCUCAGUAGUACACCUUUUGCUGUUCAUUACGAGAAAAUACGAAAUCAUUUGCGUGAAACGGCGACCAAUAGUGCGAAGAUACAUUCAUUAGCGCGAAAAUACGAACAUUUGCGCAUAAAUCAGAUUCAAUUAAGAUUUUUGCAUUUUAAUCAACAUUCAAUAACACUUUUGGGCAAUGCGUCAUUGGGCAUUCAAAAGAGAAAAAUAUACUUUCAUUAACGCCAACACCAAAGUCAUUAACACCAUUUUGAAAGUCAAUAGGGACAACUGACAUACAUUAAAGUGCAAACACUAUUCCUAACAAUUUUAUGACACUGUUUGCAAUUCAAUAGCAUUUCUGGACAACCUUAGGAUGGAUAAGACAGACAUUAAUGCGCAUGUACAAUUAAUUGAGUGUUCUUUACAUUUAAUAUACAAAAAUCGAUUUUCAAUUAAACAAUAGAAAUUCAAACAAAUUUGGCCUGAAUUUCAGGCCGUUAAAUGUACAUCCCUCAAAAACCUCGCUAUUUAAACAUUUUGGGAGGGUAGGUUUGCAUGGUCACGUGAUGCAAAUCCUGCCAUCUGAUUGGUUAACCCUAACCCUAACCCUAACCCUAAAGCCAUAGUGACCCCCUUUACAACUCUCCUCUUUUGCGCUUUGCUCCCAAAGGAACCGAUUGGCGGGCUAACCAGGAUUGUAACUGAAUCCCCUAAAAGGUUCUCAGUCAUUGAUUUCUGAUAUGCAGGAUUUUGCUGUAUCUUCAAAAAAAAAAAAGAGUCCAUUAACAAGGUCUUAAAUAUAAUGUUCAUUGUCUUCACUGACCUGCACUAUUAACGUCUUAAUUUUCUCUUUAAAUGCAGAUCGUGGAUUUUAAUGUUCACGUUACGGAGUCGGGAGUAGAGUACAACGAGACGAUUGAAGUGGAUACAGAGAGGCAAACGGAGGUGUUCAAAGUUCCCGCUCACCCAGGCGUAGAUCGCAGUGAUGUCAUGCAUGAUUUUAAACAAGUAGGCUGAUCAUCUUUUAAGUUGUUAACAGUUGUAUUCAGUAAUGUGGCGACCCUCCUGUUCUCUAGUGUAGCAACUGCUUUUGCUUUUAAUAGUGGGGGGGGGGGCAUCAUUAUUUCUGUCGUUUGUUAUAUUGCUCUCUACAAGAGUAUCAAGCCAUUCAAGUAAGAUCUGUUUGGGUCUCACGGUGUUAGCUAGCCUCCAACAGAGAUUUCUCCGGGUACUCAUCCUGUUUCGCCCUCUUCCCUAAAACAGACAUUUCCAAAUUCCAAUUCGAUCGUACGUGACAUGAAUGGCAAAUGAAAAACCACGCUAAGGUACCAUUAAAAAAUUUGUUGUCAAACAAUCCUUCCCUCUUUUUGUCUUCCUGCGGCUCUGCUCACAACUCCCUCCUUUUUUGAAGAACUCUAGCCUUAGUUACAAUGACAUUAUUUUCCUUAUUGAACUUUCCUUGCAGAAAUUAACGCUGAUGCGACUUCCGGACAAAAAAAUGUGUUAUCUGAUGCCUCUGCCAAAAGAGCUUUCCACUCCAGAGAAACUUAUCAGAGAUCUUGAGAGAGUCAACCAGGUAAGGCUGAACACAUAA